AUGCUCGGCGCCUCUUCGACGGUGCGUGAACAGAUGGCAAAAGAAGAUCCCUCAAAACGUCAGUAUCUUCCGUUGUUUGCGAACGGAGAAGAUAAAGGCUGGGGCAAUCCCUUGAAGACUUACGCUAUGCCUUUGGACCCGCGCUAUUUCAAUCCCGCGACCGCCGAUACACGGCUGUCAGGAGGAAGGGUGGAUCAGCACACGUUUGCUAUUCUAGGCGUUUGGCAUAACGACCCAGCUGACGCAUUUGAAUACUUCGGACACGGACCUAGGGUGGCGCUUUACGGCUUUGCAACUGCCUUGAACGCACCCCGUGCGGACUCGGUGCUGCCUAAGCUUGACCCUGCGCAGGGACUCUCUCAUGAUCUCUACCGUGUACUUAGCGUCCAUCCUUGA